UUUGCUUACAAAAGCACCGACUCCCGACUUCGUCAUCACAAAAAAUCUUUUGACAAAGUUAUAGACUGUUGCAAACUUGUUUGGUUGAUUAAAACUAUGGCUUCUGGAUCUUCACUAAACUACGUACUCGUUGACAGUGAGGUUAAACUUGAUCAAUCGCUGCGAGAGCUAAAGAGCUUGGAACCGAAAGCGCUUCUAGCAGUGGAUUGCGAAGGGGUCGAUUUGACCAGAAUAGGAGAGCUUACGAUUGUCGCCGUUGCCACUGAAAACAAAGCCUUCAUAUUCGAUGUUGUAAAACUCAAGAAAGCAGUGUUUGAUAAAGGCCUUCGUGAAAUCUUGGAGGACAAGACAAGAGAAAAGUUGAUGUUUGAUUGCAGAAAUGAUUCAGACAGUCUGUGGCAUCAGUAUCAAGUCAAGUUGACUGGAGUGCUGGACGUCCAGCUUCUUGAAGUGAUGAAAAGGUUUGGGGGGUAUGGAGGAAACCACGGAGUGGUGAAAAUCCGUGGAUUCAAACAUUGCCUAGAGCUUUACACAAGUGGCGGGCUUGCAGUCAAUACCAAAAACGAAGGUAGAAUGCUCUUACAAAGAGAUCGCAAUCUGUGGAAACGGAGACCUCUUUCAGACGUACUGCUUCGAUACUGUGCAGUUGACACCCUGGAAUUGUUCAAACUGUACAGAAACCUCAAGGGCUUCCGUGGUGAAGAUCUGUCUCGAUUGAGACUUGCAUCAGAUCGUUACAUCGAGCUCUUUCGAAGUAAGGCCGUUCGAAGCUUUGAUCGUUACGAGAACAAUGGCUUCCUUCCAUUGGGUGUUAUUGGCGGAGGGGAUACUGGCUUUGCCGAUACGUCUUGCAGUGGAUGCAGGCGUUUGUUUCCGCGGAAUGAAUUCGGUGAAUUUCAGCUUCGUUAUGGUGGACAGAAAUGUCGAGUGUGCACAAGAGUUCGUUGAAUAAGAAAACCGAACAAAAUUUAAAGAAGAAAUGUGCUGAUUUGUGUUGAAUUUAAUUACUGAACAAACUGUGGCGAUAAUGAAAUAAUGGAGCUCCUAUAUAAGCUAUUGUACACGGUCAAUUGCAAAAAUAUUGUGGAUUGAGAUAUGUACUUAUAAACAUAUAUGAUAAGAUUCAUAAAAUACUGAAUGGGGUACAUUAGAGGUACAUUUAGAGUCUUCAUCUAUCUAAAUUUAUGACAAAGUACUAUCAAGACAAUAGGAGCAGCUGAAACAGCGCCUAACCGAUGAGAUUCCAAAAUGAUUUUGAAUAUAGAGAAAAGCACAGUUGCCAUAGUACAAAACGUUUUUUUAACAUGUCUGUCAGUUUUACAGGAAUAUAGAUAAAUGUCAAACGUAUUUAGAAGUCUUUCGUGGAGUUUGGGUUGCCUUGACAUUUUAUUUAGACAUACUUCUGCAUGUCAUUAACUAUAUUAUGAAUCUCAAUAUAUAUGUGUAUAUGUACAUAUCUCAAUCCAAAACCUUUUUGGAUAUCAAUUAAAUUUAUUUUGCGUACCACAUGCACGAUUUUCUAAAUACAAUUAGAUAUUACUAUUUAGUUUGUACAGUUGCGCGCGGUUUAAGUGCGAUUAAUCUAACGUGUAUUAGUGUAAUAUCUAUUUGAGCUGUAUAACGUACUCUCGUCAUGCAUGCCAUUGUCUAAAUGUAAAUUAAUAGAAGUCUAGAUGGUUCUGAGAAUUUCUUAGUUUUCAAAACAUUUCGGCGAAUGAUUAUUUAUGCAAGAAAAGUUCUUUAGCAUUUUUGUUUGGUCGAAAAAUUGGAAUUAGUAAAUAAAUUGUGUACUAUAAACUGUA